AUGGCAGUGGAGUAUCGCCCGGUGCAGCGCAUCGGCCUGGCAUGCCUGGAAUGUCGCCGCAAAAAGGCUCGAUGCAGUGGCCACAGGCCUCAGUGUAGCCAUUGCCGUCGUCUCGGUCGAGAAUGCCAGUACCCGUCGGCAUCCAGUAGAAUAUCUACUUCAACACGCUCAGCUGCCCCUCCUGCCCCCGCUGGCUCAUCCGAUAACGGCGGCAGCGAAGAAUCGAUUUCAUCCAUCUCAGAACGCCUCAGCCGCAUAGAAGGCCUCCUACUCGACUUCCGUGCCCAGGGCAUCACUUCCUCUCGAGAGCUUGAUGUCUCAUCGUCCGCUUCAAGACCAUCAGCAACCUCCUCGAGCCACAUUGGGCAUCCGCAAGCGCCCCUGUCUCCCUCAGCAACCUCAGAGCCAGGCGUCGGUACCCUCUCCCCGCGAGCAUUUCCCCCGCGUGCUGUGCUUCUGGGUUGCGUCAACGAUUACUUCCGCCACUGCCACAAUCAACCCUACUCCUUCUUCCACGAGGCCAGCUUCCGCCAGAGUCUCGAGCGUGGUCUCUUGCCGGACCACCUCGUCCUCGCUGUCCUUGCCAGCGCCGCUCGCUUCUCUUCCGACCCAUUCUUCUGCGACCCGCACGAGAGCGCUGUGCAGUACGCAAGCCGCUCCUGGAAGGCAAUUGUUGUCAGCUGCCUUGCUCACAAUCAGGCGGCUCAUGUACAGACGGUUCAGACUAUUACCCUGCUAGCUAUAUUCGACUUCACAGCUGGCAAAGCACGCCACGCCUCUGCUUGGGUCAAAAUUGGUCUCUCGGUCCGUAUAGCUCAGGAUCUCAAACUCAUGGUCGAGGAUGACGCGAAUCUUCCAGCACCUGAGCGGGAGGAGCGUCGCCGUGUCUUCUGGUCCAUCUACCUCCUCGAUCGUCUAGUCUCCUGCGGCCGUUGUCGUCCUCCCGCUGUUUUGGAUGCAUCCUGCCAACUUCAGCUACCAUGUGACGAGCCUACCUACCGUAACGGCUGCUGGCAGUCUACCAUGACGCUCGAGGAGUUUAUCUCACGGAAGCCACUUCCCGAGAGCGUCCUCCACAGCCCGCUCGCCGGCGUCACCCUUAUGGCGUACUCUCUCGCCCGUGCGGCAGGCUACAUGCUUCAACAGUUCAACAUCCGGAACCAUAACCCUCCUUGGGAUGUCAACUCGGACUUUGCCUCUAUCGAGUCGGAUUUACUCUACGUAGAGACUGCCCUACAAUCCUCGAAAUCGGCCGCAGAAAUCGUGAGUUCACAUCGCCUCCCCAACGGAUCCAUCGAUCAGCCUAGCGCUGGGCCUGCAAUUUUCUCCAUGGCCUUGUUUCACCUAUGCCAUUGCAUUCUCUACCACCCCUUUCUGCUUCGGCGGCGAAUUUCCUCCUUCUGCCCUGCUGUCCCGUCAUGUUUCCUCUCUCGCUCCUUUACCUCAGCAUGGGAACAUGCCCGAGCUAUGAUUGAGCUUCUGCAGGAGGCUCGCCGUCUGGGCGUCCUUGUCCAGGCGUCCUUCCAUAGCUACUGUAUGGUUAUGGCCGGUUCCAUCGUCGGUCUCCAGUGCCACAAUGACAAGCCCUGGAGAGCAAACGACUCGGCUCGUCUACUUUCUGAGAGCAUAGAGAUCGCGCAAGACAUUGGCCUGUACUGGAAGAAUGUGGCGACUAUGGCCAUCAUCCUGCAGCGAUUCUCCGACCUGCGCAUGGCCUACUCUCAACUAGCAUCCGAAGAACCGCAAAUUAUUAGCCUCAGCCAAGCUGAGGAAGAUUUCAUGUGGUCCCUCGUCGACUACAGCACUAUAUCAAACUCAACUGAGUCUGACCACCAGGUCCAUACUGAUCUGGAUCAAUGUGGUGCAAUGCAAUCUACUUGGUUCGAUUUGUUCGGCACAUUUUCUGUCGAUGUAGCCCACGAUAGUGCUAACCAGAUGGGGGCGCCGUCACUUCUUAGUUUUCCUGAAGCUCCAGGCAUAGACAUGGGGUCUUUAUCCUCCGGGGUCCAUGAAGAUAUGCUGUAG